AGGAGGGGCGGCUUAUCUCGGGCGCGGGGGCGAGCGGCGGGGCGACGACGUGCGCGACGGGACGGGGCGGCCGACGUGCGCGACGGGACGGGGCGGCCGACGUGCGCGACGCCGGCCACAGGAGCGGCGACGCGACGCGGGCGUUGCGGGAGAGCAAAUUAAUCCAUUGAAUUGCGACAGAGGAGACCGACAAGGGUAGAAAGUCGAAGCAGGUUCGACGAGACCAUGGCAAGCUCCUCGAGGCUCUGUUCGGAUGAGGAGCUGCAGAAGGCUAGGGAUGAUUUAAAAGAACUCCUCGUCCGAAGCCCAAUCCCCGACGAGUUCCGGUCUCCCGGUGAUGAAGAGGAGAAGGAGAAGAAGGUCAAUAUGGGAAAGAAGAAGAAGCUGUACGUGCUGCCGCAGGAGUAUGUGGAGAUGCUCCUCAACUACAAGUGCAGGCCGCUCCCCAAGCACGAGGCCCUCGCCCAAGCAGAAGAGGAGGACAAGGAGAAGUACAAGGACAUCAGGACCUUGGUCACCGUGGCCAAUGUCCUUUCGAGGCACUACGACGACAUCAUACACGACGCCCUGGAGAAGAUGAGGCAUGACUUCGAGACCAAAGGUUACAUCACCUACGAGGCCACUGACGACGAGGAGGCAAUGAGGGUGCUACGGCAUUUCAGCAGGGUCCCCGAGGACAACAAUGAGGGUGCAACGGCAUCUCAGCAGGGUCCUCGAGGACGAGGACGCAGGAGGCACCGACCUGGAGUCAUGAAGCACACUAGAGGGGUCAAGAAGCUAAACUGAGCUUGUAACAAGUGUUCGAAACAGCUGAAAACCAGGUGAUAAAGUUUUUGAAAUUUCUCAAACCAGAGGAUAGAGGAGGGUAAUGAAAUAACGUUGUGUUUAAAAAUUAAAACUCAACUGCGUUUGUAAGAUAUGAAGAAGACAAGCAUUCUACUGAUGCAAAAUGUGUCUUUUCCAUAUUUCGCAAAUGCAAUAGAGUUAGUGUAAAACUUUUCAUAUCUUGCAAAAUCACCCUUAUCCAGACAUGCCCCCAAAGGUAAAACAUAACCUCCUCUAAAUCUGGUAACUUAUUUUGAGAUUUUUCGAAAACAUCAUCACCUGUUUCUUCACAAGUUUCAACACUUAGAAAAUAGAAAUUUAUUUUUGUCUUUUAUGCCUUUGUACCGUGCCCUAUGGUCUUGUAUUCGAAGACACUAUCAGUUAGCUUGGAUUUGUCAAGAGUAUAAAGCUUAGUCUUUUUCUCCGUACUAGUGUAAUUCUUGAGAAUUUGCACCUAUCUGAAUUAUGUGUUCCAUGGGUUAUAAUUGCAACAAACCAUGUCUUAGUAGCGCUAUUCUUGAGAUUAUGCUGUUCUAGUGGGAUUUGGGGGUCGGUUGAUAUCUUCCUUGGUUUUUUACAUAGUUUAUGGGUAAUUAGUGUUCCUGACUUAGAGUGGUAGAAGUUUACCAUGG